AUGGCUGCGUUCGUCGAGACAGUUGCCGCCAUCAGCCUAAUUUGGGUGCUCUUCGUCAUCUUCGUGCAAGCUGUGGGCAUUAGCGCAAUCUACCGUUACUUUUCGCGCGUGCCGCAAGCCUCCGUCUCGGCCAAGCUCGCCAGCGACGCGCCUGGCGUCACCAUCAUCCGCCCCGUUAAGGGUCUCGAGCCCAACCUCUACGACUGCAUUGCCUCGACAUUCCGCCAAGACUACCCGGCUGACCGCUGUUCGAUCCGCCUUUGCGUGGAGGAUAUCAGCGACCCCGCGUACCCAAUCCUGGAGCAGCUCGUCGACGACUUCCCCCAGUUCGAUGUCCGCAUCCUCGUCGAGGCGCAGGACCCGGUCCUCCACGGGCCCGAUGGCCACAUUGAGAAUCUAGGCCCGAAUCCCAAGAUACGAAACAUUAGCAGAGCCUACCGAGAAGCCAAGAAUGACAUUAUAUGGAUCAUUGACUGCAACGUUUGGGUGUCGACGGGGGUGCUCGGACGCAUGGUGGACAGGCUAUCAGGCUUUGCACCGCAGGGCAAGGUGGUGCAGCCGUACAAGUUCGUGCAUCAUAUGCCGCUUGUUAUCGACACAGAGGACUAUGGCAGAGAUACGGCGACUAAGGAAAGUCUCUCGACGUCAACCGACCCUGCGAAUGACAUCGGCACGAUGGAGAACCUCGGCACCAAAGCAUGGAACCAAGGAGGCGGCCGCCUCGACGAAAUGUUCAUGGCGACAACGCACGUCAAGUUUUACGGUGCCAUCAACUCUGUCGGAGUUGCUCCAUGUAUUGUGGGAAAGAGCAACAUGUUCCGCAAAUCUCAUCUAGAUCAGGUAACGGCAGCUUCAGGCCCACCAGCUCCAGGCGUUGUGUCUAGGCCAACAGGCAUUGACCACUUCUCCUUCAACAUUUGCGAGGACCACCUAAUUGGUGAUUUACUGUGGAAAUCCAAAAUCCCAGGCUUCCUCAACCACGGCAUCGUCUGGGGCGACCUUGUUAUCCAGCCCAUGGCUGGUAUGGGCGUCGCUUCGUACGCGGCGCGACGAGUUCGAUGGUUACGCGCACGCAAAUUUACGGUACUGGCUGCGACCCUUGUGGAACCGGGUGUCGAGUCUGUUCUUUGCUGUGCACAUUUUACCUUUGCGCUGACGACUCUGCCCUGGAUAAAUCGCAACUUGGGCAUUCCGCAAACGUGGGCUGCUGCUGGUUGUAUUUGGUUGCUUGCCAUGGCUGCAUGGAUGCUCGUGGACUGGUUUACCUUUCAGCAUCUCCAGGCUGGGAACUCGACAAAGACAGAUCAGAACACGCCAAAGUUUGCAAGGGGCACGCUGAGAAGCGGCGGCAUGGCCAAACGACCGUUUUCAGAAUGGCUACCGGCCUGGAUCGGCCGCGAGGCCCUGGCGCUGCCUAUUUGGGUUGUCGCUGUGUUACUCGGUACGACGGUAAGCUGGCGUGGAAGAUCAUUUUCUGUCAACAUGGACGGUGCUGUAAAAGCUAUCGGAGUGGCAGAUAUGCCAGUUGGAUCUUCAAUCACAAUACCGGAGCUGGAACGAGAGCGACCUCGAACCAAGAAUCGACUGGACUAA